CUGUGGUACACUUUUAGUUCAAGUUACUUAUUUUGAAUAAAUUAAGCUAAGAAUGCAUCGUUUUAAAUUAUAUGCAAGCAAACACUGAUUUUCGUUAAUGUUUAAUAAUUAAUUUAUUAUGAAACGGAAUGUGCACAGAUUACAGGAAGUAAAUCAAACUUUAAUCAGAGCCUUAAAAAUAAACCUAAGGUAGUGUACAAGGUUUACAAGAAUGAGUCGUAUCGCUAAGUUGACAUGGAGGUUUGCAAGAUGGCGUGAAUAGUUUAAGUAUGAAAAAUAUUUUACGUAAACAUUAUUAACGCGCCAGUUAUAUUGGAGCUAUCGUUUCAAAUUAUUUUUUUUAUCAGUCAAAAUACAUUUUCAAGCUUCAUAUUAAGCACUACAGGAAGCACGACAUCACGCAAACGUCACAAGGAGCUGGAUGAGCAUCACUGCAUCUUUAACCGUAUAGAUGAGUCGUAUCAUACGACUGUAUAUUGUAUAUAACGCAUGUAUAUUCCUAAAGUCAGGGCUUACAUUGGCCAAGAACGGGUGCACAUCACUGAAAAGCUCAGAUUGGAGGAAGCGUUUAACGUUACAGAGAUCUUCCCAAAGAAACUUCCAGGCAGGUGUGUUGAGGCAAUUUGGCGCUAAACUCUGCAGGACAGUGGCCCUCCAGGACCAAGUUUGGACAGUAUCGAAGAUGGGAAGCAGUUCGCAUCACAACCAGGAAGUCGUCCUCAAAUCUGCCGACUCUACAGCCUGGUUUCGCAGCUACUUGCAUGGAGGGACUUCUAGCCUAAUUUCCACCUUGACCACCAUCAUUACAUUCCCUCUGUACAAGACUGUCUUCCGCCAGCAGCUGCACAGCACUUUAGUACGAGAAGCGGUGACCCAGUUGUUCAAGGAGGGUCCAGUAAAACUGUUCCGUGGAGUGGCACCACCCCUGCUGAUGAGGUCUCUUAACGGGACGCUUCUGUUCGGCCUCCAGGACACUUUCCUACAGCAGCUUUCCCUCUGCUCUAAGGCUCCUCUUCCCAGGAAUGCUCUCCCUGCUCUGGCAGGUUUGGGUGCGGGUGUGGUGGAGGCCUUGCUCUUCACCCCAUUUGAGCGUGUGCAGAACGUCUUGCAGAACAGCAGGAAUGACAGUCGUCUUCCUACCUUAAGGAGCAUAUUGCUCAAACUAGCUUCGAGGCCUUUAGCAUCAGGGUACUACACAGCCUUUCUGCCUAUACUCAUCCGCAAUGCCUUAGGGAACAGCCUCUAUUUUGGCCUGAAGGGCCCCAUGUCUAACACCCUCAGGGCUUAUGGCUGUUCUCCAGUAGCAGCCUCUUUCACAGCUGGCGUCUUAAACUCAGUGGUGAUCAGUCUGCCGCUGUACCCUCUUUCUGUACUGGUGGCCAACAUGCAAGCCCGAGUAGAUGGAGGAGGCCGAGGAGUAAAAACCAGCUGGCAGCAGCUUUGGGCAGCGCGUCAGCACAGAUUGGCUCUUCUGUACCGUGGAGGCUUCUUGGUCAUCUUACGCUCCUGUGUCACCUGGGGAAUCACUACUGCCAUAUACGACCAGCUGGAGAGGCACCCGAGAUGAUCAUCCAAAUGCCCAAAAUAUCUCAGGUUAAUAGUAAAUGCUGUUUUGCAGCGAUGCCAUCUUUGACGUCAUGCCUGCUGAAGUAUUCAUUGAUUUCUACUGUAUAUCGAAGAACCUGUAAAAUUGUUCUGUUUUUUUAAAAUAUGUAAUAACAGAUAUGCAUUAGAGGGAAACUGCCUGUUUUAGUUUUUAAUCCACUACAAAAGAUUAUCUCAUUAUUCUUUACUUAAAUAUACCUCAAAUGCUGUUUGUUCAGCAAGACCAUGUGAAACUGUUUUUGUUUUUAAUAAAUGAUAAUCAUAAAUAUGGAA